AUGCCUGCAACCCUAGAUCAAGAAGUGCUACACAAUCUUCACAUUGAUUGGCUGGAUGCCAGGGGGAGUGUUGUCUGGAGGUGGAGCUUCUACUUGGAUCUUUACCAAAGCAACAGGAUGUUGUCAAAAAAGGAGGAGCGGAGGUCGUUCAGCAACGGGCCGCUGAGAGACCAAUGGGAGAAGAAAGCUCAGAGCAUCUCGGAGCAGAACAAACAGGAGGCCGAAUGGAAGAAGAAAAGUAACAACAAAAUAUGUUUCUCAAAGUGGAAUUAUCACUGGUCACUAGUGUCCAAAGGAGACUUCCAUCAGCUUACCAGCGGUGCAGAAGAUGAGGAAAAAAACAAGCCAAAAAUCAAAUUUAAAGUUGUCCCCCCUCCUCCCAAACCCAAAUAUGAGCCAGCCCCUGCUCCGCCUACUCCCAGGAAAACAGCUUCGCCCAAACCUUGCAGGCAAAAACGUAAAGUUGAAGUGGAUGUGUUUGGGCUGUGCUGGAGAGACUCCUGGAAGAGCCUGAAGCCUCCAAAGUAUCUUUACCUGAAGGCCAAAGAGACGAAAACUAAAAUCCAAGGAUUCACAACCAUAGAGCUGACUAACAACAGGGGGUACAAACCACAGGGGUACGAAUCAGUGGCUGAUUGGGAGUCUCCUGCUGAAAAAUGGAGUAACUCCUGGAAACAGGUGAAGAGCCCUGCCCAGUUGGAGUGGACUGAGGAGAAACCAUUCCAAUGGGACAUUUUGUUUGAACGGAAACCGGUUGGCCAAGCUGAGAUAGAAGUCUUUUCUCUUCCUGUCUGGGCCGGUACGUGGAAGUUCAUCAACUUUGCCUUCCGGCAGCAGCAAAAGUACUGGGAUUGUAUCUGGCCUGAUUUCCAACAAAACGUCAGCAACAAGUUUGACAAAGUACAACAACUAGAGGAGCAGGAGGAGCCCUCAGACUGGGAGGAUUCAUGGAAACUGUCCGGGGCAGAACUUGAACCAAAAGACACCACAGAGGACGAGACACUAACUGCAGGCUCCUCCAGCACUGAAACCACAGUGAUGAUGAGGCUGAACGAAGUGUUCCUGCCCGGCUGGAGGGACUCCUGGCUGCUCUCUGCUGCCCCCCUGGAGGAAGAAGAAGAACGUCACAAGAACUGGAACUCCUGCUGGGCAUACAGGAACCAGAUCAGGUGGUGCAUGGCUUCGCUGGAGUCCCAUCAGCGCCACAGCGCCAUGCUGACGAGGAGACGUAAAGCCACAAACCUAGUCCUCACAUCAGGGCUGGACCAGGAGACAGGUAACACGGAGUGGACGGAGGCCUGGAGGACUCCUAAAAGAUGGAUCGAAGAAAAGGAGGACAAAGUGGCCGAGACGCAGGAGGAUGGGGAAGUGGAGGAUAUGAUGGAUGACACAGAGGAGGAGGAUGAAGGAGUAGACAACGAGAAGGAUGUAGAGGAGGAGGAGGAGGACGAGGACGAGGGAGUAGAUGAGGAGGUGGAGAAGGAGGAAGACGAGGACAGGAGCGAAGAAAUACACAAGGAAGAAAAAGAAAUGAACAAGGAGGAGGAGGAGGAUGAAGGCGUAGAUGAGGAGGAGGAGGAUGAUGAAGAAGUCGACAACGAGGAGGAUGAUGUGAUAAACAAGAAAUACGAGGACAAAGAUCUGGAUAGAGAGAAUGAAAGUGAAGAAGGAGACAAAGAAGAGGAAGACCAAGAUCUGGAUCAGGAGGAUGAAACCGUAAAAGAAGACGAAGAAAAGGAAGACAAAGAUCUGGAUCAGGAGGAUGAAACCGUAAAAGAAGACGAAGAAAAGGAAGACAAAGAUCUGGAUGAGGAGGAUGAAAGCAAAGAAGGAGAUGAUGAAGAGGAGGAGGACAAAGAAGCAACCAAGGGGAGGGGAGUAAAGGAGAAGGGUGAUGACCAUGACGUGCAUGAGGAGGAAGAUGCAAAAGAAGAUGAGGAUGACGAGGAAGAAGAAGAACAUGAGGAGAGGGACAAACACAAGGAGGACAAAAACGUAAACCAAAACGGUGAGGGGGAUGAAGAUGAAGAAGAAGUAGAGGAGGAGGAGCAGGAGGAGGAGGAAAAAGAAUUAGACAAGAAGGAAAGAGACAAAGAUGUAGACAAGGAGGACGAGGAAGAAGUAGAUGAAGACGAGGACAUAGAAGCAAAAGAAAAAGACAAGAUAGAUGAAGUAGAGGAAGAGGAAGAGGAGAAUGCAGAUGAGGAGGAGAGUGAAGAAGUAGAUGAGGAGGAGAAAAUAGCAAAUAAAGAGGAAGAUAAAAGUGUGGAGGAGGAGGAGGAAGAGGAAGAGGAGGAGGAAGAAGCAGACGACAAGGACGAAAAGGAAGAGUUAGACAAAGAGUGGGUAGAGAAAGAAUCAGACAAAGGUGACAAGCAGGAGAGCGGAGAAGUAGACAAAAAGAAGGAGAGAGUAGACAGGGAGGGGGAAAAUGAAGAUGUAGAUGAAGAUAGUGUAGCUACAGGGGAGGAGGAUGAAGAGGUAGACGAAGAGGAGGAAGAAGGAGAGGACACGGAGGACGAAGCAGACAAAGGUUGGGAGAAAGAAGUAGACAAGGAGGAAGGAGAGGACACGAAGGAUGAAGCAGACAAAGGCCGGGAGAAAGAGGUAGAGGAGGAUGAGGAGGAGGAGGAGGAGGAAGUGAGUCAGAGGGACAAAGAUGAUCAAGAGGACAAAGAGGACAAAGAAGAAGUAGUGAAUGAGGAAGAGGAUGAAGAAGUAGAUGAGGGAGAAGAUGAAGAAGUAGAUAAGGGAGAGGAUGUAGAAGUAGACGAAGAAGAGGAUGUAGUAGACGAAGAGGAGACUAACGAAUACGAUGCUGAAGUAGAAGAGAAGACGGCCGAAGCGGAGGAGGAUGACAACCGGGACAAAGUAGACGAGAAAGAAGAGGAAAUCAACGUAGACAAAGAAAAGAAACAAAUCAAACGCAAACCCGAUGUCCCACUCCAUCUGCAGUUCCAUAAACUACACACGUCCUUCUCCUCCUGGAAGAAGUCGUGGAUGGUGGCGGUAGCUCACAGAGGAGGAGAGGAAGAGGAAGAAGAGGACGAGGAAGAGGACGAGGAGUUGGUAGAGGAGUGCCGGGCUUGGAAAGAGUCGUGGAGGAUUUGCCGUUGGAGGAAGCCGGACGAUGACGAGGUGGUGUGCUUCUCCACCGCCAACCGGAGUCAGAGAUCCAUCGGACUGAUUCACGCUGCGAUGACGAAGAGGGAAUGGACUCUUAGCUGGAAGACAAACCAAGACCGCAGCAAAGGAUUUAAACACUGAAGUAGAAGAAGAGGAGGAGGAGGAGGAAAAUGAAGAAGGGAAAAGUUGAAAUUUUCUGAAAGCUCUUUUGCAAAUUUAAGAUUGAACUCUCCUUUCUUAGCGUGAUACUGAAAAGAAAAGCCUGAAUCAUUCACCAUAUUUUGUGUACUCAUAUUCCCACGUUGAAAACACAGCUUCGUGAGUUUAGAUGUUAAGGAAGAAUAAGUAGAAAGUUGUAGAAAGACUGUUUAAUAAAACUGAACUGUAUGAGUGUAAAAUGAUAACCUAUCAGGGUAAGGUAGAAUAAGAAAAAUAGUAAAGCACACAGAGAUGUCCCCAUACAAGAAAAUAAUAUUAUUGUCAAUUCUGUGUCUUCUACAACUGUAGUGCAUUCCCCUGUCCUGUCACAAAAUGCUAAUGUUAGCUAACGAUCCUCCAUUGCUAUAAAGCUAAUGUUUGUACCAAAGAAACACAAGGUUUGCCAAGGAUCAACACAUUUUCACAAUUCACAUGAUCACAGGUGGGAAAUAAUACUGUCCAAAGUGAAGCUGAAAUUAAGAAAAUGUCCCAAAGAGGAUAGAUUGUGAGAUUGAUGCGACAACUGAAAAAACUGAAACAUUUAGCCAACAACUUUCUAAUUUCUAAUACAGAAAACAUUAACCAAAGAGUAAUAGUGUGUUCCAUUUGUACUUGGAAGUCGGAUUUUUCAAGGUCAAAAUCAGAAACACGCCUCCUGACCUCGGAUUUCCGAGCUCAGAACUCAGACAACCUCGGAGUUAAACCAAGCUCAAAAUCCAAGAUGGCUGCCCGUGCAUCAACAGUUGUGAAAGCUGUAGUAAUAUACAGACUUCUGUCUUAUUUGUGUCUCACUAAAUCAGUUG